AUGACCAGUAUUCUCAUCGACGGCAGCUUCCUCGAGGGCGGAGGCCAAAUCCUUCGCAACGCAGUCUCCCUUUCUGCCCUUCUCUCGAAGCCUGUCUCAAUCCGCAAGAUUAGAAAUAACAGGACCCCUCCUGGCCUCAAGAAUCAGCACAGAACAGGCAUUUGCCUUGAGCUUGCAGCAACCAUUGCAAAUGCUCGCCUCACCGGCGCAAAAAACGGUUCUUGCGAGAUUGACUUUGUUCCAGGACGCAUCGGUCUACCAAAUUGCUACCAUGCAGAUUCGGUCACAGCUGGAUCUAUUACUCUGCUUCUUCAGGUCUCUCUGCCGCUGCUGCUAUUUUCGCCAACCAGGGUUCCUCCGUCCACCUUGACAUUGCUAGGCGGCACCAACGCAACGAUGGCACCUCAGGCCGAUUACACGAAGCAUGUCUUUUUCCCGUUUAUUCAAAGGCAUUUUGGGGUGGAGAAAUUAUCCCUAGAUAUUCGAAAGAGAGGAUACUUCCCCAAGGGUGGCGGGGAAGUCUCCGUCACUGUUAUACCUUUCUCUGAUGGGCAGAAACUUCGCAGCUUCAGCCUCAUGGAACAAGGAAAAAUCAAGUGGAUCACGGGGAUAUCGCACUACGCAGGUCUUCCUGCGGCGGUGGGUAACGGCAUGGCAGCAGGGGCCAAACGAAGGCUUGCAGCUGCUGGCUUUGUAGAAGGAAAGACUCCCGGUGAUGACGUCUCCUUCCCCGCCCAUUGGAAGGCCCGUCACGACACCUUAGUUUCCAUUGAGAGCCGGCGUGAACCUAACUCCUUGACGGUAGGGGCAGGAAGUGGAAUUGUAUUGUGGGCAGAACUGGAGCAUGGCGGAAUGAUUGGCGGGAGUGCAGUUGGAGCUAAGGGAAAGGAACCAGAAAAUGUUGGCGAAGAAGCAGCAGAGGAGCUCAUCAGAGGGUUUGAAGAGGGCGGAUGCGUCGAUGAGUGGCUUCAGGACCAAAUCAUCAUACUAAUGGCUCUUGCAGAGGGCACAUCAGAAGUGAGGUGCGGUUCAGCUGGAUUAAGUCUUCAUACACGUACUGCUAUCUGGUUAGCAGAACAACUGACAGGCGCUAAAUUCGAGAUUACGCAUGAGUCCGAUGGUACAGUAGUUGUUCGAUGCGACGGCAUAGGUUAUACUGCCACUUCUAUCUCACACCUAGAAAACGCUUCGUGA